UAUCUCACUUGCUUGGGUGCACGUAGGCGCAAAUACGUACGUACAGACGCCAAGGCCGGAAGUGGGGAGCAUGUUAUUUCAAUGGAGGGGUUGCUUUCGAAAAAGGUUAAUGUUGUCAUAACUGAAGCUGGUGAAACAAGCAGAGGCCGCGACAAUUCCGGCCUGCGGAGGCGGAUCCUUGAAAUCGGCGAGGAAGCCAGCGAGCUGAAAAAAAAGAGGUUUGAGAAACUGCGGAAAUCAAAACCAGAUCAUCCCAGUAUUAAUACGCCAAAUGGAGGUCAAAAGGCCACACCAAAAAUACAAAAGGUUCCGCUGUUGCUGCAAGAUCACAAACAUUUCGACAAGUAUUUCAAGCCAAGGAUAGUUGCAAUCGGUCCUAUCCAUCAUGGUGAGCCAAAAUACGAGCCAGCAGAGGCGUACAAGCUUAGAAUGGCGUACUCCUUCGUCGAAGACAGUCGUACAAAAGAUGAGAUUUUGUACGACAUUGUUGAGAAGAACAUCGAGCAACUGAGGCAGUGCUUCGACGACAAGGUGACCGAGAAAUAUAGCGAUCAGGCCCUCGCCUGGAUGCUGUUUGUGGACGGGUGUGCAAUAUUACAGUCCAUCCAUUGUGCUGUUAGCAAUAACUGCAAAGACUGGACAAUGAAAUACGAUCUGAUGGCCUUUACGAAACAGGAUUUAUUCCUGUUGGAGAAUCAACUUCCUUAUCAGCUCCUUGUGGAUUUGAUGAAUUCCAGCGCAAAGAUAGCUGAAUUGGAGAAGUGCAUCACAAUCUUCAUCAAUCAGCAGGCCGUAUACAGUAAGUCGCAGCCGAGCCAGAAUGGAUUACCGACUACGGAAAGGCCAAUCCAUCUUCUCGAUCUCCUCCGGACGAAAAUCAUGAAAGGCAAUCCACAAAGUGAUGACAGCAAGCAGAACGGGGAACGAUUAAAGUUGACUUAUCGCAACGUGGAGGAGCUUAGAGCAGCAGGAAUCUAUAUGAACUGCAAUGAUAGUGAUGAUCCCUUGACAACAAUACGUUUUAAUAGAUUACUCGGUUUCUACCCGGGAUACCUCUGGCUUUCUCCAAUAACAGUUGAUGACGGAAUGGGGCCCAAGUUCUUGAAUUUGAUAGCCUACGAGAUGUGUCCGGAUUUCUACAACAAGUUCGAGAUCACCUCAUACAUAUUAUUCCUGGAUUCACUCAUUGAUAACAUCAAAGACGUAAUGGAGUUGAGGAAUAAGGGAAUACUCAAGAACUGCCUUGGCAGCGACAAGGAAGUGGCUCGACUCUUCAAUGAGAUCGGCACCGACUUGAUUCCUGACCCCGACGCAUAUGGUGAUGUCAAAGAUGCCAUUCAGAGACACUACGAUGCUACGUGCAUGAACUGGAUUGCUGAAGCCUUCCACGAGCAUUUCAGAAGCCCCUGGGCAAUCAUGGCUUUUUCGGCCGCCAUAAUAGUACUCAGCCUAACUUUCAUACAGACUUGGUUCGCAUUCAAAGAAGACAGAGGUAAUUCCCGACCCCGAGUUCGGCGCUAGUUGCGAGUUGAUCACCAUCAUGCAUGCAUCGUGAAAAUAAUUUUUAUGAUUUGGAGAGAGGCAUAUAAAUAUAACAGAUACAUUUUAUCAUUUAAAUCUACAAGAUCUACCUAUUAUACUUAUUUCUCUUUAAGUUAUAAAAUAUAUUUGAAAAAAAAAAAACUUAUAAAGUCCGCGCUAGUUCACGUAGCUCUUUUGAAUUACAUGCAUCCUGCAACGACCAUGUCGUUUGCAGUGUCUUGGCAUUUUAAAUAAAUAUGAAGUUUAAAUAAGUGAGGAGCUGUGUGGAGUACUGUAUGAUCUGGUAUUAAUUAUUGAUUUGUACGUGUAGUG